CCAUAACAUCCAGCUGCUGGUGUCGAGUACAGGUCUGCUUCGAGUGUAACAUCACUAGCUAGCAGAUACAAACACAAUGGAUUUCAACGUGAAGAAAUUAGCCUCCGGUGCUGGAGUGUUUUUCACGCGAGCUGUCCAGUUCACAGAGGAGAAGUUGGGCCAGGCGGAGAAGACUGAGUUGGACGCUCACUUUGAGAACCUGAUGAGCCGCGCAGACUGCACCAAACUCUGGACUGAGAAAAUCUACAGACAGACUGAAGUCCUGCUGCAGCCCAACCCAAUUGAUCACACUGGUGCCAGAAUCGAAGAGUUUCUCUAUGAAAAGUUGGAGAGGAAGGCACCAUCCAGAAUUACCAAUGGAGAGCUGCUGGGUCAGUACAUGCAGGAUGCAGCAAAGGAAUUUGGUCCUGGAACUCCAUAUGGGGGUACUUUGAUUGAGGUGGGGGAAUGUGAAAGAAGAUUAGGAACAGCAGAGAGGGAGUUCCUCCAGACGUCAGCCAUCAGCUUUCUUACCCCCCUCAGGAACUUUCUGGAAGGAGACUGGAGGACCAUUUCCAAAGAACGGCGUCUUCUGGAGAAUCUUCGAUUGGACCUGGAUGCCUGUAAAACCCGUCUGAAGAAGGCCAAGGUUGCUGAGGCGAAGGCUGCGUGUGAUGGUGAAAUGGCUCCAGAUUUUCAGGAGACCAGACCCCGCAACUAUGUGCUAUCUGCCAGUGCCUCUGCGCUCUGGAGUGAGGAAGUGGAAAAAGCUGAACAUGAGCUCCGAGUGGCCCAAAGUGAGUUUGACCGCCAAGCAGAGGUUACACGGCUGCUUCUGGAGGGCAUCAGUAGUACACAUGUCAACCACCUGCGCUGCCUGCAUGAGUUUGUGGAGGCCCAGGCUGCUUACUAUAAACAGUGUGAUUUCCACAUGCAAGAACUACAGAAAGAGCUGGGAAGGAUUCCAAAUGCAUUUGCACUGAACUCCACUCACUCUACAGUUCCUGCCGGCUCUGCAUCAGAAGGCAUCAGCAGCCCUGUGGAGACAGACACACUGAACAUUGAAGAAGUUCAGCCACCAGCUACAGGAACCCGCAAGGCCAAAGUCCUUUAUGAUUACGAUGCUGCUGACUCCAGUGAGCUCUCCCUUUUAGCUGAUGAGCUCAUUACAGUUUACACAGUGCCGGGGAUGGACUCUGACUGGCUGAUUGGUGAGAGAGGAAACCAAAAAGGAAAAGUGCCUGUCACAUACCUGGAGCUUCUCAGCUAAAGAACACACACACUCACACACAGACACACACACAGACACGCACACACUUGUUGGCGUGUGAGUAUUACUGAAUCAACAAGGAUAUUUCAUUCACAUCAUUAAAUGUCACUUUCACACUAACAUGUGACCUUGAAUAGCACUCCUGCACAGUAAGUGUUGGCAGAAGAGUUAGAACACUCUUCUCCAUUCACAUGACACUGACAGCAGGGAUGAUGGACACAUUGUUACAAUGAGUGCAGGAAGAUCCCCAUGGGGAGUGGUUAGCAUUCCUUUUGGAUAUGUUUUGUGGAUUAUUAUGAUAAUGUUUUCUUUUCCUAUUUAUUACUUAUUUAUUGUUGUGCAUCCCGAUGGUUCAGGUAGACCUUCCACACUCUCCUUCCAUCGAAAUGAUGUCUCUGGAAAAGUAUCUUUAUUGUUCCAUAAAGCUGUUCAUGGAGUUUGUCUUUAGAAGCAGCAGUAUGGAUAAAACAAGCAUGCAAUAACAACAAGUCCAUGAUUCUCCUGCUUAAAGGGCUGAUGACAAGUCUUUCAGUUAAGUUCAGCUUAUCUCUGUAAGACAGACAGUCCUCAUUGAAGAAGUGAAAACAAACGUGGAUAAACAAAAUAUCUGAUUAUUGUGACCACAUCACUACAGACGUGUCAUUAUUCUGUUGUGUUGACUGAAGUCUCCUGUAAUUACAGCUUUAUUUUGAAUCUAUAAAUACAAAUGAAAGAUGUGACUGCUUCCUAGUUCUGUUCUUCCCCUUUCUUCCAAUACGACAUGAACAGAACAGAAUUUCUUGUUGGUUGAAUCUGUUUUCAUCCUCAAAAAAAUAAAACAUUAAAUAUGACAUUAGCUUACUAAAGAACAAUAACUAUAAAACAGCAAGUAAAGUUUUUCAUGGAUUGUUAUCCUAUCAUCCUCAACCCUUCAGAAGAAGAUCUGCUAAUUGUUAUGAAUGUUAUUUCCUGUGUUAUUUCAAGCGACAAUAACAUUUUGUGGACAGUUGGAUGGAACAUUACGAGCAACAGUUUUGGUUGACUGAGUCAUGUCUUUCACUUGUUUUGAUUAGUUUUAUUUUGCCUGUCACGCCUUUCCACGGCACUGAAGAUGUCCCUAAACACCUGUGCAGCAAAAAAAAACCUCCCCUCCUAACUGCCUUAACAUGAUGGGAAGGAACUGCUAAGGCCAACUGCUGCAAACCAGAAAAUGUGCUCUUCUCAACAAAAUGUCCACAGACUUGAUGGCAUGCAAGACUGCAACUACUUGUACUCACUUGUGUGUGUGUGUGUGUUGGUGUGAUUUUGGUUUGACCAUUAGUGUUUUCUGAAUUAACGACGUUCCUGUUUGUUGCUGUUUUGUCUGUUACUACUUCAAAGUGUCUUCGGUCUUAGUGCUGCAUGUGCUACAGCUAGUAGCUUGUCCUGCUGGACAUGUGCGUGUAUACGAGUAUAUGAUGUCUGGUGGGAUCAGAACUUGAGCACCAAAAUGUUUGCACAAAAACUAAUGUGCUCUCUCACAUCCAGUAUGUGUCCAUGCAUGCACUUAGCAAAAUGUUUGAAGAUACAAAACUCUGCCAGCAAAGGAGAAGUGAAAUGAACUGGAGACUCAAACCAAUAGUUUACCCGCAGUCAAUGAGAGGUGAGAGACGGGUGGCAGACGAAUGUAAUCUCCGUCAUGUGUCAUGUGCUUUACUCUUGUGCUCAUUGCACUCAUUUUGGAGGAAUUGUUCUUUUCCAAGAUGUUUUUUACUUAUACUGUUGUAAUUCUGUUUACCUCAUUAUUAUUAUUAUUAUUAUUAUUAUUAUUAUUACAUAUUUUGUUAAAAUAUGUAUUGCCUGUUCCUUAACUAUGCUGAAUAAAUGAAAUGUAUGGGAUUUAAUAAAAAGAUUUAUUUGAA